AUGGCAAUGAAGCUUAAAGGGAUUCGUGUAGGCAAUUUGGUAAGAAGUGGCCGUGCAGGCGGCACCGCGCGGUCGGGAGCGCGGCUCGGGCUCCGCCCCGUGACCCCGGCCGCGCGCAGUCCGCAGCCACGGGCGCCCCCCGCCUGCCGCCACCGCCCUCCGCGCCUUCCACAGCCCUCCCGCCCGCAAUACCGCAUGGGUCAUUUCACCGCAGGCAGGGACCGCAACACUCUUAAUGGACAACGGCUGAUCGAGUUCCGGCUCGGCGCGGAGGCCGAGCAGAGCGAGGGGCUCGGCGUGGCGUCCGCCGAGCUGAUGGUGCGCGCCGAGACCGCGCACACGCGCCGCGUGCGCUACACGCUGUGGGCGUUCACGGUGGCCGCCAACGGCAGCGUGGGCGCGCUGGCGGGCGCGGCGCGGGCCGACGCGGGCCGCGCCUGGCAGCGGCUGGACGUGACGGGCGCGGCGCGGCGCUGGGCCGCGGGCGGGGCCGCGGCGCCGCUGCGGCUGCUGCUGGACUGCAGCGGCUGCGGCGGCCGCGUGCGGCUGCGGCUGGGCGGCGGCACGGCGGCGCGGCCGCUGCUGCGCCUGCGCCUGCGCCCGCCGCCGCAGCGCCGGCGCCGCGCGCUGGACUGCGACGCGGCGGCACGCGGCCGCUGCUGCCGCCAAACCUACUACGUGAGCUUCCGCACGCUCGGCUGGGACGACUGGAUCGUGGCGCCGGAGGGCUACUACGCCAACUACUGCCGCGGCGCGUGCGCGGCCAGCUACCACUCGCAGGUGGUGGAGGCGGCGCGGCUGGAGCGGGCCGCGUGCUGCGCGCCGGUGCGCUUCUCGGCGCUGUCGCUCAUCUACUUCGGCGCCGACUCGAACAUCAUCAAGCGCGACCUGCCCGAGAUGGUGGUGGAGGAGUGCGCGUGCCCGUAGCGCCCGCGCCGCCCCCCGCGCAAGCCGCUGUACACACCGCCCCGCCGCCGCCGCCGCUCAGCGCUUCUGCCGCUCUCCCGUCUGAUUUAAUCCGAAUCGAUUAUAAAUAAUAUUCUCGACUUGUGUAAUACUUUGUUCCUCACGUUCGAAAGACUAUAUCCUACGAUCGAAUAACCGGGCGGGCGCGCGCGCGGCCGGACCUGCGCCGCGACGCUGCGCGGGCGCUCGCUCCCUCUAAAUAA